GUACCUUUUUUCCUUUCUUUGUUUUCUUUGCAAAAUCUUCCCCUUCCUAUUCCAUGGAUUCGACUGCUAAAAACUGAUACACAGUUCCGGACAAACCACGCGAGUCGUCUCUACGAUUCGCGACUGACAUCGACAUGGCCUGCGGAAAUCUAGUGGCUAACUGCUUGCUGCGAGUGACACGACUCGCACUGUUGCAUUAUCUGGUGUGGGAAGCAGGGCACCACCGCCGCAUACCACACAAGCGCCGAAGCGCGCGUGCAAACUGGCGAACCAGCAGCCUGCCGAGUGCCGACACCUCCAGUACUCGUCUCCCUGUCCGGGGCUCCUCUCUCUCUGCAGAGCCUUCAGGAUAGACAUGGCUGCCGCCGUUGCCGCCUUCUCCCUCCUGCUGUUCCUCUCCGCCCAGAGCGCGGCUCCCGUUCUUGGCUUCACGAGGGGCGACUUCCUGGAGGAUUUCGUCUUCGGAUCCGCUACCUCUGCUUAUCAGUAUGAGGGUGCUGUUGCAGAGGAUGACAGGAGCCCAAGCAUCUGGGAUACCUUCACUCACGCAGGCUAUGCAACCAUAAAUGGUAGUCUCCAUGAUACUGACAGGGUUGAUUACAUGAAGAACCACAUAAGGAGCACAUUGACUGCACUAAGGUGUGAAAUGAAUGGUGCCAAUGUGAAAGGCUACUUCGCGUGGUGCUUCGUGGACGUCUUCGAGUACCUUACAGGAUUCAAGUCGCACUACGGCCUGUACCGCGUUGACUUCGAGGACCAGGCGCUUCCAAGGCAAGCUAGGCUCUCUGCUCGCUGGUACUCAGAAUUCCUCAAGAACAAGGAGAUCCAGAUCCGUGAAGAGAAUGAGCUAGACGAUGCAGGAUCGCACGCUCAGCAAUGAAUCGUGUGUAGUUCACUGCAGUGAUUUAUCCUUUCUCAACAUACUGUGGCAGCCUUCGGCAGAAGAACCAUAUUUUACUUGAGUAAAAUAAAACUGGCACUCUGGCAGGAGAUUUACCAGAAUUGCGUUAAUAAAGAAGAGGUUUACAAAGGCCUGGAGACUAGAGAGAGAAGGAAAAAUUGUACAAGAAACGACACAAGUAGAGGGAACUACCCAUGAUAGGUUAGCGCUUCAGUCGAUGUAGAAAGAGAUUUUGCUCUUGUAAUUUAAUCAGAGCUCAGUGCAUCCAUACUCGUCAAGAUAUAGAUAAACAUGAUCAUCAUCUCUAAGAGCAUCUCCAAAAACUCUUGUAUCUAU